AUGGCAUUUUUUUACAGUGGAUAUCACAAACCAAAUAGUAAACACAUAAAAAAUAAGAGGGCGAAAAUAAUAUACGUUUUAGGUCUGUUCAUGUUACCAACUAUUGUAACAUAUGUAGGAAGUAAUUACUACAUUUUGAAUUUUUUCAUUAACACUUUUAAACCUAUUGAAGUACCAAGAGAGGUAGAUUUUCGGAUUAUUAAAAAAAUAUACCAUGAUAAGAAACCCACAUCAAAGAGUUCCGAUUAUGAUGAAAAUACAAAUGUGUAA